AUGCUUUUGAGUCGUCUCAAAAGUCCCCCCGCGUGCGAUGCUAACUCGUCGCCAACAUACGGCCAUCGCAAAGCCAGCAGGGAGGCGCAGGCUGGCGGAGAAAGUCGGGCGACUACUGUAUUCCUCUCCUCCCCUCCUUCCCCACGCCCCUCCUUUCCUCCCCUCCUUCCCCACGCCCCUCCUUCCCCACGCCCCUCCUUUCCUCCCCUCCUUCCCCACGCCCCUCCUUUCCUCCCCUCCUUCCCCACGCCCCUCCUUUCCUCCCCUACUUACCCACGCCCCUCCUUUCCUCCCCUCCUUCCCCACGCCCCUCCUUUCCUCCCCUCCUUCCCCACGCCCCUCCUUUCCUCCCCUCCUUCCCCACGCCCCUCCUUUCCUCCCCUCCUUCCCCACGCCCCUCCUUUCCUCCCCUCCUCGCCGCAGCUGUCCCCCUCGCGCGUGCAAGUGCGAUGCGCGGCCGCGGAUUCGCCAAGCAGCCAUGAGAGGGCGAGCAGGGAGGCGCAGGCAGCCAAGGAGGCCAUGGAGAUGCUGUGGCGCUCGCACAGCGGAGCCAAUGCUGCUUGCCUCACAUCCGCUCCUUCCUUCCGCCCUCCUUUCUUCCCCUCCUCGCCGCAGCUGUCCCUCUCGCGCGUCCAAGUGAGAUGCUCAGCAGCGGGAUCGUCGCACGGCCAUGACAGGGCGAGCAGGGAGGCGCAGGCAGCCAAGGAGGCCAUGGAGAUGCUGUGGCGCUCGCACAGCGGGGUGAACACGCACAGCGGAGGCAGUGCUGCUGACGGGGUGAAUCAAAACGGGGUGAACCACAGCGGAGGAGUGAGCCAUGGCGGGAUGCAGCAGCAGGCUCACGCGCAGCCGCUGUCCGUGCCUGCCGGGGGGUUUGAGUAUGGGGAGGAAGAGGGGGAGGGUGGGGAGGGUGCAGGCGCAGGCGGGUUCACCCCGGAGAGCGUGCGGUCUCUGCUGGAGGCCCUUGAACUGGAGGCGGCGGAGGAGUCGAAACACGCCCUCAGCAUUGUGGAUCGCGUGCUGUGGGUGGACAAGCGCGUGCGCGACUACAUGACGCCCAACCCCAUCUGCCUGCACCGCGACAUGUCCCUGCGCGACGCCGCUCAGAUCUUCCUGCGCAAUCGCAUCAGCGGGGCGCCAGUGGUGGAGGCGGACGAGGAGGACGACGGGGUGGGGCUGGGCAAGGUGGUGGGUGUGCUGUCUCAGCGCGACAUCAUGUGGAAGGAGCUGCGCACGCACAACAUGGUGGGUGGCAUAUGCAAGUGUUAUUUCGGAAAAUUGUAG